CUAUAAAGCCCUAAACACCAAAAAUCUUGAAUCCACUGUCGCAAAUUCACUCGUAAAACCUAAACAGCAGCGAUCGUCAAUCUCCAGCAGUUGUCAUGGGCAUGUCUAAGAAAGAAUCCGCCACAGUCGAAGCUACAACGAAACUAUUGAAGAAAGGUAAGAGAGAUGCGGAAGUUGAUCUGGACACCAAAGUGAAUCCGAAGAAGCAGAAGAAAGAGUUUCAAGCUGAGAAGAAGGCACCUCCAAAGAAGAAGAAGGUGGAGACCAGCAGCUCCGACUCAUCAGAUUCUUCUGAUUCCGAGGAAGAACAGAAAACUAAGAAAGACCUUGCCAAGAAGCCUCUGUCUAAGACGAAAGAUGACUCGUCUUCUGAAGAUUCCGAUUCCUCCUCGGAUGAGGAGCCUUCCCCGAAGAAGCAACUAGCUGCAAGCGUUAAGAAAGCCAAGGCAGAGAGUAGCUCAUCUGAUGAGGACUCUUCUUCUUCAGACGAGGAAUCUGCACAGCCAGAGGUAGUUAAGAAAGCCAAAGAAGAGAGCAGCUCAUCUGAUGAAUCUUCUUCAGACGAGGAAUCAGCCCCUCCAAAGCAACCAGCAGUUGUUAAGAAAGCAGCCAAGGCAGAGAGCAGCUCAUCAGAGGAAGAAUCUUCUUCCGACGAGGAAUCAGCCCCUCCAAAGCAACAAGCCGUUGUUAAGAAAGCAGACAAGGUAGAGAGCAGCUCAUCAGAGGAAGAAUCUUCUUCCGACGAGGAAUCCGCCCCUGCGAAGAAGCAACCAACAACUGUUAAGGAAGCCAAAGCCAAGGCCGAGAGCAGUUCAUCAGAGGAUGAAUCUUCCUCGGACGAGGAACCUGCCUCUCCAAAGAAGCAACCAACAGUAGUUAAGAAUGCCAAGCCAGCUGCAAAAGAUUCAUCAUCCUCAGAGGAUGAAUCAGAAGAUGAAAAGGAACCUGCUACAAAAAAGAUUCCAGCUUCUGUUAAAAGCAUGUCAGAUUCAGAUUCAUCAGAGGAGGAUUCUGAUGAUGAGGAAAGUGAUGAUGAAAAACCUCCUCAGAAGAAGGCUAAAGUUUCAUCAACAAAAUCUUCUAAACAAGAAAGCAGCAGUGAUGAAUCUAGUGAGGAAGAGAGUGAAGAUGAGAAAGUAACUCCAAAGAAAAAGGUAGCUACCAAUAAUGCUUCUAAACAAGAAAGCAGUAGUGAUGAAUCUAGUGAGGAAGAGAGUGAAGAUGAGAAAGUAACUCCAAAGAAAAAGGAUUCUGAUACUGAAAUGGUGGAGGCAGAGCCUAAAUCAAAUGCAAAACAAUUGAAGACACCAACCACUCAGACCCCAACUGCUCAGACACCAACCACUCGGACUCAAGGAGGAUCAAGGACACUAUUUGCUGGAAAUCUUUCCUAUCAUAUCAAGAGAUCUGACAUUGAGGAAUUCUUCCAAGAAGCUGGUGAAAUCGUCGAUGUUAGAUUUGCUUUGCAUGAAGAUGGCAGUUCUAAAGGAUUUGGGCAUAUUGAAUUUGCUACUGCAGAAGCAGCUCAGAAGGCAUUGGAGCUGAACGGUAAACCAUUGCUAGGCCGCGAUGUUCGGCUUGAUACUGCUAACGAAAAGCGUGCUUCCAACACUACUCCACGAAGCAGCAAUGCUGCUCGCAACUACCAGAGCAGUGACAAAGGACAAGGAAGCCAAAGUAAAACGAUUUUUGUUAGAGGAUUCGACUCUUCUCUCGGUGAACAUGAAAUCAAGAGUGCCUUGAGAGAUCAUUUUAGUGCUUGUGGAGAAAUCACAAGGAUUGCUAUUCCAACAGAUCCUGAGACUGGUGCUAUCAGGGGGAACGCUUUCAUAGAUUUGAAGGAUGGUUUAAACAAGGCAUUGGAGCUAAACGGAAGUGAAGUUGGAGGACGGAACAUAAUGGUGAGCAAGGCUCUACCAAGAGGAGAGAGUGCUGAUCGUAGUGGAGGACGUGCAAGGGACAACAACAAUGGUGGCCGUUUUAAUAACAAACGUGGAAGGGGGCCAAGGGGCAACGACAGUGUCCCUUUUAAAAGAGGACGUGGAAGAACACCCAGCAAACCAAGUUUACUUGCCUCAGCCCAAGGGAAGAAGACCGUUUUUGGUGAUAAUGAGUGAAAAAGCUUGGCUCUUCUUUUUCUUCUAUUGAUUUAGUUCUUUUUCGGCCUAGUUUCUUUUUUUUUUUUUUUUGGAAUUUGAGAAAAACAUUAAGCUUAUGAUGAGUUUACCCUUUAUGUUAAGGUUGAGAGUUUGGUUUCUUUCUGUGAACUAAUAACGCCUUGUGGGUGUUGAAUGAAUCCCUUAACUCUUGCUUCAGUAAUGGUUCCUUACAAUUUACAA